GCCCCAAAAGGAGGUGGAAAAACAGGAGGCGAAAAAAACAAUGUAAAAUGCACACGUGCGAAAAUGUUGCUCAAAAAGUAUGUGAAAACGCGACGUAAGGUCAAGAUCCUGCUCCUGUUUGCCAUCAUCGGUUUGCUGGUCAUCACCAUUAUAGUGUUAGGCUCGACUGGACGCAAUGCGGCCAUCGAAUUGCUGCUUGACGAGCGAUUCAUUGCCCGUGCCUACAGGCCCGGUGGGGGGGAUCAGACGCCGGAGAAGCCAGCGGUGGUGGCGGCGGCCGUCUCCCUGCUGCAGCCGCAACGAGACCGCGGUGGAGUGAUUGUGCCCGAGAAGUAUGAUGAGCAGAAGAUCAAGGCGCGCAUCAUCCAGAGUAAGAUGGAUCUGAUGAAGCAGCAACAGCAGCGGGACCAUGAAGCGGAACAAGCGUCACGGACCACCUUGGAUGUGGUGACCACAGCUGUGCACAUAUUCUACACCGCCCCAGUGCCCUGGUACAAAUCCAAAAAGCCACCUCCGCCGCCUGCGGAGCACCCGAACGAUGUGCCCCUGACGACACCGAGGCCAGUCCGAAUCCUGAACACGGCCUUCUAUCCAGCUCUUGGUCUGUACAAGCCCAGUAACUCCCUGCUCUCCCAGCACUUUGAGAACAUUCGGAGCUGUGGCGUGGGAGUGCUCAUACUGAGCUUCACAGGAGGCAAAGCAACGGAGGCGGCGCUGAUACAUCAAAUACUGGAACUGGCGCCGCAUCACAAUCUCAGCGUGACCUUCGAACUGAGUGCUGCAGGCAAUCAAAGUGUGGAGUAUGUGCGUCAGCAGCUGCAGGAGAUCGCCUCGUAUGCCAGUCUUCCCGGCUUCUACAGGGUGUGGAGUCAGUCGAGAGGAGUCUCCCUUCCAGUGCUUUACGUAAGCAAUGCCUACAAAUUAAGUGAUAGCCUGGGCAGGCUGCUGUGCCGAACGCCUUCACUGGUGGAACCAGACGGAUUGCGAAGGGUUCUGGAUGCCUUCUUCAUUGGACACAUCAGACUCAAGAGUCAUGCGGAUGUCCUGCGACGGUUGUGUUUCGAUGGCUUCUACAGUAAGCUGCCCAGCAAUGGCGCUGUCUUUGCUAGCACCUGGAAGAACUGGUCUUAUCUGAAGUCAUUUGCUUUAUCCUAUAAGAUGCUAUUUGUGCCGACAGUGGGUCCAGGAUUUGCGGAGAGAAACAAGUUUCCGCGACACGGCGAUAUACAGCGGCAUCGGAGCAAUGGAAGGUACUAUGGAGUGGCUUGGCGAACGGCCAUCCUGAAUCAUGUGGGCUUCAUAAAUAUUGCCAGCUACAACAACUGGCCCGAUGGCAGCCAAAUCGAGGAGGUUAUGCCCCGUGCCGGUUUCUUGGACUAUAAUCCUGGAUCCCGAACCAAAUAUCUCGAUCUCACGGCCCAUUGGGUGGGCAAUUUUCUGAAGACGCGCCAGGAGGCGGCGGCUGCAGCUGCACCGGCAUCGCCCCAGAACUGCUACGAGCUGCUAAACGGGACUAUAUGCUAGGCAGUGCAACUUCCAAAAACGGAUGAGAUAAUCCUAGUUACUUUAGAGAAGCAAUAGCAACAAUUGCAGGCCACACACAAUUACUUUCUACGGUUAACGAGAGUCUUCUGCUACACAUAUAUAUAC